UCGGCCUAGCGGCGCAAGAGGCGGGAGCACAGACAGUUGAGGCACCUUGACCAAAUCAAGCUGGUUGUCCUUUGGAAUUUUCUUUGCGAGUGGCAAUUUCUGCUUGUUGUGUUGGCUGUGUUGCGCUGUGUUGUGUGGCCACGCUUCAUGAGGCCCUCGAGUUCCUUCCCUCCUCAAUACAGACAUCGCCAAAGGAAAACACGUCUGGGAGGGCAAACAUUGGCCCAAACCUCGCUCCGCGUUCUCUUCACUUCCUCCGCACCACACUCCUGCUCCACCUUUGCAUUUCAACCCCUCCACAGCAGCAUUCUCAUUCUCAAGGUAGAUUCUGCUUUCAGGCGAAGAGCCGUCCCGCAUCCUGACAUCAGCUCCGCUUGGAGGCUUUCGUCUUGUCCGGCCUCCCAUUACAGAAGAAGCGCACCGGCCCCUGCCGCAUUCUUCCUCAACGCGGACCCAAAGCCGGAAGCCGUGGUUAGGUUGACUGUUGAACUCGAAAGAAAUAGCCACAAGUACCUCUAUGGGUCCAGCCCUACGUCAGCAUUGAGGGAAUCGACGGUCAUUCAUUGGGCUCUCUCCUUUGUUUUUGCUCCGGCAACAGAGGCUAUACUGUGACUCUGCACCUCUUGCAGUAGCAUAUCUGAGUGGACCCAGGGUGAGCGAGCGUCUUUGACAAGCCCCGGUCCUAACUGAAUUCACCGCGCCGAUCAUCGGCUGAAAGACGUGGCCUCUUGAAGGCGAACGGUUUUGGUCCUUUCAAGCUUGAGCACUAGCCGACCUCGCAACGGCAUUAUCAUCCA